UCUCAUUGCAACGUCAAAUUCAUGGUUUUCCUCCAUAAUUUUUAGAAAUCAAUAUAAAACACACAAUGGUUCUCACAAAGCGUUUGUUUAAAUUAAUAGCAAACAGAAUAUUAAGUCGAAAUUAUCAAGUUACAAUUGUAGGUGGUGCAAGUGAUGUUGGACAAACUAUUGGUCUACUUUUAAGAACACAUCCUAACAUAAGAAAAUUAGUUGUUCAUGAUACACUGGAUAAGACUUCGGGAGUUGUUUUAGACCUCUCUCACGUUCCAGUUCAUUCAGCAUUACAAGGUUACACAGGCGAGGACACAUUGGACAAUGCCUUGAAAAACACGGACGUGGUAAUCGCAGCUAGUGCAUCUCCAAUGAAACAUGGGAUAACAGAUAAAGAGAAAUUUAAUCGAAAUGCUGAAUUUAUCAGAAGAUUAUCUCUGAAAAUAGCUAAAUUAAGACCAAUGCCAUUUGUAGGAAUAACAACUGAACCAUUAAAUACGCUGGUGCCUAUGGCGUCGGAGUUAUUGAGAAACCAUGGGGACUACAAUCCGAAGAAACUAUUUGGAAUAACGGCCGUGGACGCAAUGCGAGCACAAGCUUUAUAUGCGUCAGAAAACAAUUUAAAUCCGGAGGAAUGUAUCGUCCCAGUGAUCGGUGGACAUUCCGAAAAAACGCUGUUGCCUUUAAUCUCUCAAUCAAAACCCGAAUGUGAAAUGGACGAAAAGAAAGUUCGAGAUUUUGUCAAUAAGGUUCGCAAAGUUGGAGAAUUUAGCACAAAUGCGAGAAAAGGUUGGUCUCCUACACUUUCCAUUGCAUACGGAGCUAUGUUGUUCACGCAAGGAGUUCUCGACGCUUUAGAUGGCAGAUUAGCAAAAGUAAAUGCGCUUGUAGAAAACAACGAUUUUGGUACAUCUUUCUUCUCUGGUCUGGUCAACAUCGAUCAAAACGGAUUUUGCGAAAUGAAAAGAUACACAAAUAUUACACAACUCGAGUGUAACUUAUUGGAACAAAGUAUCAUCGAAUUAAGAAAAGACGUUACAAUGGGCAAAAAAAUAUUAGAACUUGCGUAACUUUUCCAAAGAAAUUUCGUAAUUCUAAGUUUAUUCAAAUUCAAAAUGUCAUAUGAUAAAAUAAAAUUCAAAAAUACCAAC